AUGUUACCACCACUUGGAGCCACAAUCAACCAAAACCAAACUACUCGACUCAACAAAUAUAUUGUUUCUCCUUUUAAUCCUCGUUACAGGGCUUGGGAGAUAUUUCUUAUUGUUCUUGUGGUUUACUCUGCUUGGAUAUGCCCCUUUGAGUUUGCAUUUUUGCCAAAUAAAAAAGACGACGCUUUAUUCAUAAUAAACAACAUUAUCAAUGGCUUCUUCGCCAUUGAUAUCUUUCUUACUUUCUUCGUAGCCUAUUUGGAUAGCAACACAUAUCUUCUAAUUGACAAUCCAAAGAAGAUUGCAAUUAGGUACCUAUGUACUUGGUUCAUUUUCGACGUGUGCUCUACUGCCCCGUUUCAAUCCAUUAGCCUUCUUUUCUCAAAUCAUCAUGGUAGUGAACUUUGUUUUAAACUCCUUAACAUGUUCAGGCUCUGGCGCCUCAGACGAGUCAGCUCUCUCUUUGCAAGACUUGAGAAGGAUAUCCGAUUCAACUAUUUCUGGACUCGUUGUACAAAACUUAUUUCAGUGACCCUUUUCGCAGUACACUUGGCCGGAUGUAUUAACUAUUUGAUAGCGAAUAGAUACCCUAAUUCAAGCCAAACAUGGAUCGGAGUUGUGAACCUGAAUUUCAAAAGAGAUAGUCUUUGGAACAGAUAUGUAGCUUCGAUUUACUGGUCCAUCACAACACUAACCACCACAGGUUAUGGAGAUUUGCAUGCUGAAAAUCCAAGGGAAAUGCUUUUUUAUAUCCUAUACAUGAUUUUCAAUUUGGGAUUAACAUCUUAUCUCAUUGGGAACAUGACAAACUUGGUUGUUCACUCAACGAGUCGCACCAAAAAUUUUAGAGAUACGAUGAAAGCAACUUCAAAAUUUGCUCAACGAAACCAGUUGCCUCGCGGAGUUCAUGAUCAAAUGUUGUCACACUUAUGUGUAAGGUUCAAAACAGAAAGAUUGAAGCAACAAAAAACCUUGAACAGUCUACCAAAUGCCAUACGUUCAAGUAUUGCAUACCAUUUAUUCUUACCUACACUUCACAAAACAUAUCUCUUCCAAGGAGUUUCUCAAGAUUUUCUAUUCCAAUUGAUUUCAGAGAUGGAGGUAGAGUACUUCCCAGCUAAAGAAGAUGUUAUUUUGCAAAAUGAGGCUCCAACUUAUCUAUAUAUACUAGUUUCAGGAUCUGUAGAUUUCAUAUCAAAUACUACUCCUGGCCAUGAUCAAGUUAUUGGAAAAGCACAUGCAGGAGACACAUUUGGAGAAAUUGGAGUUUUAUGUUACAAACCACAACCGUUUACAGUUAGAACAACAGAGCUUGCUCAAAUAUUAUUGCUCAACAUAACACCAUUGAUGAAUAUCAUACAAGCAAAUGUUGAAGAUGGGAACAUCAUCAUGAAUAAUUUCAUUAUGAAGAUGAAUAAUGGGGAAGAAACUAGCUUGGGAUAUAAAAUGAAUAAUAUUGAGAAUGAUUAUUAUUUCAAAGGACCAAAAGAGAAGAACAUAAUAUGUGACACUACAAUGAAGAAAAGAGUUAUUAUCCAUCAUCAUCAUCAACAUCAACAACAACAACAACAACAAUAUGGGAAGCUAAUAAUCCUACCUGACUCAAUUCAAGAGUUGUUCAAGGUUGCUGGUGAAAAGUUUGGAAGCAAGCCUACAAAAAUCAUCAAUGGAGAGAGUGCAGAAAUUGAUGACAUAAGUACAAUAAGGGAUGGUGAUCACCUGUUUUUCUUAUUUAUUUAUGAUUACAAGAGAAUUGUAGAGUAGAUUGAAAAUUUUAGCCAUUGUAAAAUAAUGAAUAUUGUAUAGUAAUUAAUGUUUUUGUUUUUUUUGAUAAAUCAGAGAUUAUAUUGCACAAAUCGAUAUUUACAACAUAUUAGCACCCUCAAUCGGGCCUAAUCAAUCUAUACACAAUCAAUCUUUCUAUACAUUACUCUUCUAUAGGUUGUUAAACCAAUCUCUAUCUAUGUCUUUGAUCUUUUUAGGCAAAAAUAAAGCAAUUCUCAUCUUUACACACUCCUUUAAUUAUUUCCUCAAUCAUUCUGCUGGUAUUAAUGACAUUAGUUUGCCACAGUAUAGCAUUUCUAAGUCUCCAUAUGUUGUACACCAAGGCUAGCAGCAACAUACACAAGCUUUCGAAAUUUUGUGAUUUUGGCCCUCCCGAUCCAUCUGAUCAGCUGGGGAAGAUUGGUUGUUGUUGCUGUCA